AUGACGGCUGCGGGUUGCAACCCAAGGCUCCCGGGCGACGGCCUGCUGCUGGUGUCGCUGCUCCUCUACGCGCCGGUGGGGCUCUGCCUGCUGCUGCUGCGGCUCUUCCUCGGCCUCCACGUCUUCCUGGGGGAGCCCCGGGUCUUCAUCGCCAACCACAUCACCCACUUCGACCACAACGUUCUCCACCUGCUCGCCUCCUGCAGCGCGCCCGCGCUGAAUGGCUCCUCAGGCUUCAUCUGCUGGUCGCGGGGCUUCUUGGAGGUAGGGGGUGCUGAGAGCCGAGGAGAGCUGCUGGAAUCGCUGAAGGCUUACUCAGCCCAGGGAGACACCCCACCUCUGCUACUGUUCCCAGAGGAGACCACUACCAAUGGCCGGGUGGGCCUCCUGCGUUUCAGCACGUGGCCAUUCUCCAUCUUAGAUGCUGUCCACCCAGUGGCGCUACAGGUACAGAGGCCCUUCGUUGCUGUGAGCGUGGCUGACGCCUCCUGGGUGACAGAGCUGCUCUGGACCUUUUUUGUCCCCUUCACCAUUUAUCAAGUAAGGUGGCUGCCAGCUGUUUGCAGAGCAGCCGAAGAGCCACGUGAGGAGUUUGCACACCGAGUUCAGCAGCUCUUGGCCACAGAACUGGGCAUGGCGUCCACUCGACUCACUGCUGCUGACAAGGCGGAGCACCUGAAGCGACUGCGCCACAGUUCCUCUGUCUCCUAUAGUCUUCCAGCUCCAACUAAUUCUGUGGAAGGCCGGUCUCACGCCCCGCACAGUGCAGCCCCUGUGGAGGAGGGGCACUUGGCGGGCGUGGCCCAGCGCGUCCAGGAAGUCCUGCCCCAUGUGCCCCUGGCUGUUAUCCACAGAGACCUUGCCCAGACAAACUGUGUGGACGCCACCAUUGCCAACCUGCUUGAGGGCCGGGUUCCCUUCUUACCCAGUGAGGGGGAAACAGAAGCUUGCUCCAUCGCGCCAUCUGGCUCCGGUGCUCCUGCUGCUGCCUCAACCCCAGCCACGGCACGUGUGAAGGUCUUUGCUCGGUCCCCAGAGGCACGGCACCUCUCCCUGCAAGAGCGGAAGCGGGCGCUCUAUGACUAUGCCCGGAGGAAAUACACUGAGAAAUAUGGAGUGGCGCUGAGAGAAGGGAACCACUGAGCCACCCUUGGACGAGGUUUUUCCUGGACUGGUGGAUUGACCCGCCUCGCACCUUUGCACGGAUGGCAGCUGUCCCAGAAUUCUGGCGUCUCACCUUGUGGAAGCCUCGAAGCAGCCAGAGUCUUCGCUGCACACCAAAGGACAUGAAGCUUGCCCCCAGAAAUGGGGGCCUGCCCUGCCUGCCUGCUUCCCUGAUCACCAGGCCUGGACUGAGUCACGCCCUGCAGCAGGGCUGGGGCCAGGAAACUGCCUCAGGAGGGGGCUAGAAGGGCAGGGGGACUUUCACUGUCAAAAUAAACGUUACCCAAAUUCUCA